GACCGAGUCUGCUGCACCAUAUCCUCAUUGCUCUAUUGCUCCUCCGAUCGAUCAUCCGAAUCUGUCCUCGCAUCCUGCUAAACAGGAUCUCUCGACACGAGUAGCUCCAGAGCGACGACGGCGGUCCACUUAGCUCCGCACUCGCACCCUGACGCGCUCUCUCGUCUUCUGCAGCUAACAUUGCUCUGUCCACCCAAUCACCGAACAGGGCUCCCGCUGCCCACGACGGCGCUCAUGCAAGAUGGACGAAGACAAUCAUCAUCCUGCCGAAGUUGCGACUACGACGCCUCUCCUGCAGUCGCCGCUCUUUGACCAGCUCAAUCGCAACUCGGUGCCCUCCAUGGCCACCCCGUCUGUAUCUCCGUUGAGCACUACAUCAAGAACCGCUGCCCAUCCAGUCAUCGAUCCGAUACCCCUCCAGCUCGAAUCCGUCGACAAUCUUGACGUAGACCCAAGCGACGGCUCGAGUAGCCUGAGCGACUACGACGCCGAAUUCGACGACCAAGAUCAGCGAGACAACAACGAUAGAGACUCCGAAGCAGAAACAGAACGUCUCGAGCGUUCACCCAUGAAAUCGUGGAUUCCGUCUCCGACAAAACUCAAUCAAGCCUCCGUUCGAUCUGAGCCGGCCUCUUCACCUGACCCUCAGCCUCAAUCGCCGUCACCUACACAAGCUCGACUGGGUACGAUGAUCGCGAUCGACAACCAGAUCAAUGCUGACCGGUCUUUAUCAGCCUCUCCUGCAGCACUCGCAGGCCGAAAGCGCAAGCGACCAAGCCCCGUCAGCGACGCCGACAGUCCUCUCUCCGAGCACUCGGAUUCUGAGGAAGCGCUCGCUCUAAACCACAGCAGACAUGUCGAACAAGCGCCCGAGAGUCGACAAGAGACACCAGAACCUACGGAAGAAGUCGACGAGAACCCCUACAUCUCGCCCAUGAAGGCCGCUCGUCUGAAAAGAGCGAAGCAAAAGUCUAAACAGACUCGCGAUUUUUCUCCUGCCGCUCAGACAGGUGGGAAUGAACUUGAAUACGACGAGGCGGACGAGCAGAACGACGGCGACGACGAGACGAAGAAGCGCGCCACAGAGGCCUUUACAGCCAUUGUUGAGCAGUUCCAGACUUUCCGCACAAAAAUGCACAACGAGCGUCUGACUCUAGCCGAAGCCGAAUUGGAGCAACUGAAUUUACCGAACGCAAGUCACCCAGACUUCCUCGCCAUGUUGCAAUGCAUCACUGCUAGACGCGAUACCAAGAUCCAACAAGAGAUCACAUUACACCGCUACAAGCUUGGAACACUCCGAACCCAAGUACUUGCAGAGCGCGCCCAGCUGCAUACUCAAUACUUCCAAGAGGCGCGAGAACUACGCGACUCGCUGUUAGAACAGCUGGGCAAGCAAUGGUACGACAUACAGAAAGAGCGUCGCCAGUUCCAAGCCGAUCAACAAGACAAUUACUCGUACAAAUUCCCCACAAAGCGCUCCGAUCAAGUGCGCAACCAGGAAAAGUACAACCGCGAGGUUUCCAUCUUAUCUGGUAUGGCCAAAUACCGAGGCUUCCCAGCUGCACCAGAUAUUCAAGGCGCACGAAAUACCGAGCUCGACGACGAUUUCAAAGCUAUGCAUAUUCCACGCAGGCAAACGUUACCUCAGCAGCAAGGCCCCGCUUAUCAGAACCCCGUGCAUAUGCAUUCGGCACCUGCAUCAGUACGUACCGCCGAAGAGAGAUUCAUUGAACAGACUCCUUGGGCCAACCCUCAACAUCCUUUGCAUCACCAGUCGCGAACUCCAGGUCCUUUCGGCACGUACGGCAUGCAUCUCCAGCCGAAUUUGAUGCGCCAGGGUUCCGCUCAGGGCCAACGUACUACUUCGCCCUUCACCACACCUCUACCAAACACAGCGAAACGUGCAGAAUAUCCACAGAACGGUCUUGGCUCUAACGACACCAUUGGCAUACCCAGCGAUCCUCCCUCAAGCGCAGUACCACAGAACGGAGAUCGAUUCGCGCAAGGCCCGCCUGGUGGUGAUAUCUCACCAAUCGACCAACUUAAAGUGCGUUCUACCCUCGGCAACCCACUCGGCAAUCGGGGAGACAGGCGCGACUUCUCAGGUUUAUCCAGCGCCUCGACCAUCGAGACACCAGGUGAUCCAGCCGAAUUCGACCGCCACGGCGCACCGUCACAUACCAGUGCUGCACAGAAUGGCCUUCCUCUGCAACCACCUGCCGAACACUCCGCUCCUCAGCAGGCCUUUGUGACGAGUGCACUACAUGCUCAUAAUGGGAGACAGGAUGAUCGCAAGCCAGAGCUCUACGAGAACGUCAACUACAGAAGGUCACAAUUAGGUGCGUUUGGUGCGCCGAUGCCUCUUUUCGGCACCAAUUCUCCUGCGCAUCAGGAUGGCCAGAGAGCGUCGUAGAUUGAGCACUUUCAGUACGCUAUCACCCAUGAAUAAUGAUUAAUCAUCAAGCAACGGCCGUCAAUACGAGCAUCUGAGAUCUACAUAAGGCGUAAGAGAUGGAAGCAGCUGACAAGCUAGCUGUGUAUGGAGCAUCGAGAACAUCAAGGUGUUCUCGCCAGUCCGAGUUGGCAUAUAAGGGCGCAGGAAGGCGCCACGUGAGUAGGUGUUUUAUACCCGAUGACUUUCCCUCUUCUCAAUUGUUUGAUUGUUUGAUAAUUGCAGAGUUAGCGUAGAUGCACGUCAUGAGACGGGUUAUAAUAUGGCUAUCAGUUGAUAUCAAACGCUUGUAUACCAACCGCUUCAAGGACUCUCGUUCUUCUCUACACUGUAAAACCUGCGUAGCAACAAUCGCAAAAGGAUGAUGCCCGACAGGCCUCACAGAGUGUGAUGGC